CGUAUAUUAAAAUGUUGCCCAAACAUAUAGCGAUAGUUUUCAUUUACUUAAUUAUGAUGAAUGGAGUUAUAAUGAUGGCAAAAGCAAAGAAGGUUUUUGAAAACAACCAUUGCCAGUAUAAAAAGACAUCUGCAAACAUGAAGUCAUCGAAACUGAUAUUGAAUGGGGGUAAAGCAGAAAUAAAUGGAAGAGAAUAUCAAUGCAGUGACGGCACAAUCUUGCAAAAUUUUAAAGGAGAUAAUCAUAGUUUCAUACUUGGAGAAACUUCAGAAACUGAACAUCACAUAACAAAAAGAUGGUUUCACUUGUUUCACUGGUUAUUUAUUCCUGCUGCUAUCGUUGUAUGUGUAAUUUUCUGCAGUGGGGAAUCACCCGACGAAGACGUUAACCCUCCUCCAAACAGUCCUCCUACUCUGACAUGUCCUGCCAGCGGAAUAGUUGUUUACGCUGAGAGAUCGCAAAUAACUGCAAGUCAUUACUGGUCUGUUCCAGAUGCAAAAGAUCCUGAUGGGGACAGUUUUGACGGACCAACACUAAUUUCCGGUAGUCCCAAUGGUUCAGAAUUUACGAGAGGAAAUCAUACUCUGACUUACGAAGUGUCAGACAAUAAAGGAGCUAAAUCAACAUGCAGUUUUUCGUUUUCUGUGGAAGUGAUCUCUUGUCAACCGAUACAACCAAAGGACAAUAGCAUAAUGACAUGCGACGGGGAGUUCAUCUACGGAUCAUCAUGUAGAAUAAAAUGUAAGGAAGGACAUGAAAUGCUGCCCAUUAGAAGCAACAAUGAACAAGUCAUAACAUGUGAAACAGACGGAGUAUCUGGAAUCCACAGUGAAAGCCCGAACUCAUGCCAAGAAAUUUCCUGCCCAGGGAAUGAUCCUGCCUUAAACCCAGCAAAUGGCUAUCUGUUGUGCUCCUCUUCUGACUACACUUAUAAAACUGUGUGCUCUACACGUUGUGAAAGUGGUUAUGCCGUUCUUGAAGAAAAUCAGAUUGAUUGUCAGUCGAAUAAAAUGUGGUCAAAUCAUCUACCAGGAUGCAUAGACAUCCAAAAACCCAUGAUAAACGAUUGUCCGAAAGACAUAUUUUCUAAUGCGGAGAGAAGGAGCCAACCAUCCAGUGUCUCUUGGAAAGAGCCCACUGCCAUUGAUAACUCAGGAAAGGUCACUAUUAAACAGAUAAAGGGCCAACCAUCAGGUUCACUGUUUCCCCUUGGGUCGCAUACAAUUGUUUACUCUGCCACUGACGCAGAAGGAAAUGUGUCUCAAAACUGCACAUUCAAAAUACAUAUUACUGAUUUAACCUGUACUCGUCCAAACAUACCCGAUCGAUAUCUACUCCUUUCUUGUCCUAAUGGAUACGUCUAUGGGUCAUUUUGU